AUGGCAGCCAAAUCCCCUGCUUUCCUCGUCCUCCUGACCAUCACCAUGACGCUCAUCUUCUCCGUCUCAGUUCAUGGAUGCGAGCAGUACAGCUGCUCCAGCCCACCGCCGCCUGCCGUGCCAACCCCACCGGGGGCUACGUGCCCGAUCAACACGGCUGACCUCAGCGUCUGCGUCGAUUUGCUAGGGUACUUGCUCAAGAUCCGGUUGAACGCUCCUCCACAGCCAUGCUGCACGCUGCUCAAAGGCGUUGCCAAUGCUGAUGCAGCGCUCUGCGUGUGCGGGGUCAUCAAGGUUCUCAACCUUAUUAGUGUCCCGGUCGAUGUCAAUCUCCUUCUCAACGAGUGUGGAAUGACAUGCCCUCCUGGGUUUACCUGCCCACUCUGA